AUGCAACGUCCUGAAGACCUUGAUAAGCUUCAAAAUGACCUUUCCGUCGCGGAACAACAGGUAGCUUCCGUGAUAGAGUCGUUCAUCGAGUUGGGGAUUUCGAUUUACGAUUUUCCGGGCACUCCGGAAGCGACACAGGGAAUGGUGACGAAUUUGCGCCGAAACGUAGACCGUUUGCACCAAAUAAACCGGCAGAGUAACGACCCGACAUCGCAACUUAACAAGGUCAGUAUACCGAUGGACGUGAUGCAGUACAUCGAGGACGGACGUAACCCUGACGUUUACACACGAGACUUCGUUGAGGCGAUACGACGGUCAAACCAGUACCAGAGAGCCAAGAUGCAUGGACUCAAGCAGCUCAGGGAUAAAUUGGCCGAGAAAGUGAUCGAGGAGUUCCCAGACAUGGAGGAAACCGUCCAGGAUAUCAUACGACGGACAGAUCCGUGA